ACAAUGUCAGCAGAUAUAGCCACCUCUCACGGCGGAGAUGGUGGAGGUCUAGACCCGCCAGAUCCUAGUAGAGUACCCUCUUCCUGCGAGUCAGCUGAAGUGCCGAGAAGAAAGGGUCGUGGCCUGGCUAAUUCGAAGCCACUUGAAAUUCGAAGGCGAAAUGCUGGGAAACCACUAGAUCUUCAGCUUGAUCCUAGGACGGACAAAGUGGUUGGCUUGGAGGACCAAGCUUUUGUCCGCGAGAUAGGCCUCCAAGUCACUUUGUUGUUGCCAGGACAUUACUUGGAUUUCGCUGAUGUACCUCAACAAUUUAAGGAACAAGUCGUACAAAGGAUGAAGUAUUUUUAUAAUGUUGAUGGUCAUCCAGAACCCGAGAGAGUUAUGAAAACUAUCUACACAGAGAUGCGCAAAAGAUAUUCUGAGAGAAAGAACAUCAGACAUACUCACUUCAAAAAAUAUUACUCUAAUCCGGAAGAUUUGCAGAGUGUUUUAGUUGCCCCACCUGACCAUUGCUCCAAGGAGAGUUGGAAAGAUAUUGUUCAGUUGUUUUUGAGCCCAAAAUUUAUCGCGCGAUCCAACCAAAACAAGAAAAACAGAAAAGAAAUGAAGUAUACAUCGACGCAAGGCACAAAAUCGAUGGCAGCUAAGCGUCACCAAUUUGUAAGUAAAAAUAUUAAUUUAAUUUAACAAAAUUUUACAUUCUAACUUCCUAUCUCUAAAUUUGUAUAGGCGAACCCUGAUGAACAUGUUAUUGAUACUUGGAAAGAUAGCCAUUUGAGAAAAUCGACAAAAGUUUUUGUCAACGACACAGCUCGAGAAACUUUUGUAAGUUUAAACUUUUGUGUUAUUAUUUUCAUUAAACUAUGUUACUGAUGUGUUUCUAACACUUUUUAUGAACAGGAAAAAAUGACGGAAGAGCUUGAGAGGGCACGACUUCAAAGCCAAUCUCAAGGACCGACGGAGGGAUCUGAAACUGGAUCUGCUGCUGAAUCCUCAUCGAUCGAUCAGUACGAGAUUAUGAGUAAAGUACUUGGGGAGAGGUCUGACUUUCAAAGAGGAGUAGGUUACAGCAAAGGCAAAGGGAAAAAAUCAGCUUCCAGCUCCACAAGUCAAAGUCAGUCACAGGCCCAACCUGCUCAUACA